AUGGGUAGGUUUUUGAGGUUGCUUGCUACUGUUGUCCUUAUGUUGAUGCUCAUCUUUUCCGGCGAAAUGGUGGCAGAAGCAAGGAAGUGUGAGUCAAAGAGUCAACGGUUCAAAGGACCUUGCUUCAUUAAAGCCAAUUGCGCAGCGGUUUGCCGAACUGAGGGCUUUCACAGCGGCCACUGCCGCGGCAUACGCCGCCGUUGUUAUUGCACUAAGAACUGCUGA